CUCAAAAGCCACGACAAGUCCCCAAGCGCCAAUAGUCAGGAAAGCCUAUACACUACACCACACCACGCCACACCGCCGAUCCUUGCGAAACUAUCUCUCCUACAACACAGCAACAACAACAAGCAUACACAGCAAUGGCAAACGGCUGGUCGCUCAUCGUAGGCCUCGUCUUCAUCGUUGCGUUCUGUGGAGCGAGCUGGUUCCUUGCGCCCAAGGGCGAUGAUCAAACGAUUUGGAGGAGCUCGUUGAUACUUAGUGCGGCUGCGUGUUAUCUUAUGUGGGCGAUUACGUUUCUUGCGCAGUGGCAUCCGCUCGUGCAGCCGCAGCGGAACGAUAUCAGACAUCUUCAUUAGAGUCAUUGACGGCUGCGAGGUUUGCGGAUGGAUGAGCGCGAUAAUGGAUGCGAGGGAGAACGAUACGAUGGUCAGGAAGAGGGGCUGUCCUGGUUUUCCAUCGCAGGACUGAAGCUUGAAACGAGUUUCUGCGUGGAGUGUACAAUUAGCAUAUGGAGCUUCGAGACUUCAAGACUCCGAAGCUGAACUGGCGUUACAGGCAUGGAGAUAAGUCCGUUCUAUUGUAAAGCAUGCAAUACAUUGGGGG